GAGUUUCCGAAAUUUGUCAGUGAACUUUUUAGGAACGAGAUGCAUGCAUUGUUUAUCCGUUGUAGGAAUCUCGACGAUAGCAAAUCUAAUCGAAUAAUUAAAAAAUUCCUAAAAAUUUUGGUUCCGGAAAUUGGGGAACAAAAUUUUGAUGAUGCGGCAUCAAAAUUUCGUUCCACCUUCACUGAGUGGCGUCACGUUCUGUGGAAUAAAAUUAUCAAAUU